CCGGCCUGGCCCGGCCGCGCAUCCCGCCCGCCCGAGCUGGCGCGGGAGGACCCGGCGGCCCAACCUUAGUCCGGGAUGGGUCCUCGCUCUCGGGCCUGUGGCCUCCCAGUCCCGGGGACCGACACCACCGCGGAGGUCUGAAGUGCGGCCGGCCUGGGCAGGGCGGCCGGCCUGGGCGGGGCCGAGCCUCUGGCUGACCUUGGCAGGGCCAGUUUGGCGCUGCUGCCACCGAGAACAGAUGUUUUCAAGUCAGCAAACAUUCACUGAGCAUCUACUACAUACAAGAUACAGUUCCAGCAGCCUGGGGGAAGACAUAUGGGGACAAAGAUGAACAUCUGUAACAAGCCCUCCAACAAGACAGCCCCUGAGAAGAGCGUGUGGACAGCACCUGCGCAGGCCAGUGGGCCCUCCCCAGAGCUGCAGGGCCAGCGGUCCCGCCGGAAUGGGUGGAGCUGGCCCCCUCAUCCACUCCAGAUUGUGGCCUGGCUGCUGUAUAUCUUCUUCGCUGUGAUUGGCUUCGGGGUCCUUGUUCCUCUCCUGCCUCACCACUGGGUUCCUGCUGGCUAUGCUUGCAUGGGGGCCAUCUUUGCAGGCCACCUUGUGGUACACCUGACUGCUGUCUCCAUCGAUCCAGCAGAUGCCAACGUGCGAGACAAGAGCUAUUCUGGGCCCUUGCCCAUCUUCAACCGCAGCCAACAUGCGCACGUCAUUGAAGACCUGCACUGCAACCUGUGCGAUGUGGAUGUGAGCGCUCGCUCCAAGCACUGCAGCGCCUGCAACAAGUGCGUGUGCGGCUUCGAUCACCACUGCAAAUGGCUCAACAACUGCGUGGGUGAAAGGAACUACCGGCUUUUUCUACACAGCGUGGCAUCUGCUUUACUGGGUGUCCUGCUCCUGGUGCUGGUGGCCACUUAUGUCUUCGUGGAAUUCUUUGUCAAUCCCAUGAGACUGCGCACAAACCAGCACUUUGAAGUCCUGAAGAACCACACUGAUGUGUGGUUUGUGUUCUUGCCUGCUGCCCCUGUGGAGACGCAGGCUCCUGCCAUCUUGGCUCUGGCUGCCCUCCUCAUCCUUCUGGGCUUGCUCUCCACAGCCCUGCUGGGUCACCUGCUCUGCUUCCACAUUUAUCUCAUGUGGCACAAGCUCACCACCUAUGAGUACAUCGUGCAGCAUCGCCCACCACAGGAAGCAAAGGAGGCCCAAAAGGAGCUCAAGUCAUGUCCGCCCAAGAUGCGGCCCAUUCAGGAGAUGGAGUUCUACAUGAGGACUUUCAGCCAUGUGCGUCCAGAGCCUCCAGGACAGGCUAGGCCAGCUGCAGUAAAUGCCAAUCCCUCACAGUUUCUUGCCACUCAAGACCAGGCGGAGCUUCCACAGCCCUCCUCCCCAGACAUUCUGGCCCUGCCUCCCCAGAUCCGACCCCAGAAAAAAAGGAAGAGGCACACGUAUAAGAUGGCCAUGUCAGAGAUCUUGGACCCGGAGUCCCAGCUUCCCAGGCUACGAGGUGAGCAGGGACCCCACGCCCCGGGCCGUCGUCGUGUCAGCUCGUCCACGGAUUCCUCCAGCGCCAGCUCGGUGCACUCCGCUGGCCCUGCAGGCGCCUACCACUCGGCGUCCGCGGAGUCAAUGGACGAGAUUCCGGUGGCACAGACGCGCCUGGGCAGUGCAGCCCUGGGCGCCCCGGGGAGCAAGGGCCGGGAGUCGGGGCUGGCGCUGCAGGCGCGGGCGCCGGCCGUUUUCGUGAGCCUGAGCAGUGGCGAGCCCGGGACGCGCGGAGGCCGCGAGGGCGGCCUGCCUUAGCUGGGCUGAGCGGCGGCGGCGGCCCGGUUCUCUAUGCAACACCCCACCUAUACCGCACCGAGUGCACUUUAGGGGCGCCAGGCCGGCGGGGUCGGCCUCCCUCCUCUACUCAGCAAUAUCCGUCCCACCGGCCCCGAUGCUCCAAUAAACUU